CAAACGUAGUCUUCGAGAAUCUUACGUCAAAAUAUCCUGUGUAAUAAGGUCUGGCCAAAUAACGAUUUUUAAAGGUCAAAACAAAAACGUGCAAAAUCUGUCUGGACAAGCCUUGAAAAUUUGAUAUAUUAGAUGUGGAACAGUAUUUAUCUGGAUAUUAAAAGAUUAAAACGAAAGAUCUGGGAGCGAAGUCUAAACAGCCUUUAUUUGGGACUUACCAACAUUGAAGGAACUCAGUAGCAUUGGAAGAACUUGCCGACAUUGGAGAAACUCGCUCUCAACACUUAGAUUACGACAAAGAUACAGUAAAGAAACCUUGAGAGUUGAAGACUCAUCGUGUACCGUACGAUUAAACUGCAUGGUCGUUGGACUACUGAACAAUCAACAUGUUUUUCUAUCUACUUAAUGUACUCAGUAUUGUGCUAUUUGGAUUAGCAUCUGGAGAACUUACUUUCCCUGCAACAAUCUGCAAACGAGAUUCAGUUGAUUAUUCCGCUUGUUUAAAACAAGCUUUUAAAGAAGCAUUUCCACGGUUUGUCAAAGGACUUCCAGAAUUUGACUUCCCACCAGUAGAUCCAUUAUUAUACGAUUUCGGCAAAGUUGUAUUUAAUUCAGGGGAUAUACAUGCAGAAGUUGCUUUGAUAAAUACAAUUGCAACCGGUUUGUCGAAGGUUCAAGUUAGUGAUAUAAGACCACACUUUCUUGAUGACGUUUUCCGUUUAGAAAUUGACGCACUAGUAUCGAAAUUAAUCCUAAAUGGUACUGUAAAAAUGAAUGGUACUCUAGGUAUAUUUAGAAUUGCUAGUGAAGGUCCUUUUAAUUUGACUGCUUAUGAUACCAAUGGAACGUGGGAUAUGACAGGACAUGUAGUAAAUGAUACAUGGAUUGUAGAACAUAUCCGUGUACUUCCAUCAGUUAGAAAACUUAAAAUAUAUUUUGAUUUGUUCCAAGAAAAUAAAGAGAUUAAUGAUGUUGCCGUAAGUUUUGUAAAUGAAUUUUGGCCACCAUUGUAUCGAGUAAUGUUACCAAUAACGUCUGAAGCAUGGGAUCCAUGGUUGACUAACAUUGUUAAUAAGUUAUUUUCAAAAGUUUCCUUCUCAAAAGUAUUUCCAUAAAAUUCAUAUAUUUACUAUACAUUAAGAAAUAUAAAUUAAGAAAUAUAGGUAACAAGAAAUUAGAGUAUCAUAUGAUAAAGAA